AUGAGAGAUGAGGGAGUGAUAGAGCCUUCAUCGUCACCAUGGUUAUCUCCGGUGGUCCUCGUUCGUAAAAAGAACGGUACCACGAGGUUUUGCAUUGACUUUCGAGGGUUAAAUGCGGUGACUGUCGCCGUUAGUUAUCCUAUGCCUCGUGUUGACGAACUCAUCGACGAGCUGAGAGAUACGUUUUGGUUUACAGUUCUCGACGCUAAAAAUAGGUAUUGGUCGAUUUCUGUAGCGCCUGAUCGUCCGAAGACCGCGUUUUCCGACGGACAUCGCCCAUGGCAGUUCAGACGAUUACCAUUUGGUCUUGCUACGGCCCUUAGUCACCCCAGAGGGAUUUUACCUGACCCUGCCAAGGUCAUUGCCAUAAAUAACAUGUCUGUUCCCCGUACUGUCAAAGAGGUGCGCAGAUUUCUUGGCUGUAGUGGUUAUUUCAGAAAACACAUUCCCCAUGCUGCUGUCGCUGCCCCACUUACAAGGCUCACACGUCCCGAAACAAGGUAUCCGGCGAUAGAUAUUGAGGCACUCGCUGUGAUAGAAGGGGUUCGUGCUUUUGACCACUACCUGUAUGGCAAUAAAUUCCUAAUAUUCACGGACCACACACCACUAACGUUCGUCUUCCAUCGUCGUACGAAAUCUCCGCGGAUGUCGAAGUGGUCCUAUGAGUUAUCUAACUACCAGUAUAAAUUCUUAUACAAGAAAGGUUCGUCUAAUCAUGUCCCUGACUGUCUUAGUCAUGUUGCUAACAUUGAUGCCAGUGCUCUUGAUCCACAGAAUGUUCGUGAUGCUCAGCUGAAGGAUCCGCUAUGGCGAGAGGUCAUUCGGUACCUGGAGGAAAAAGCUGUGCCACGACGAAAGCUACCUCUGCCCUUAGAAGAGUUCGAAUUAAUUAAUGGGAUUCUUUAUCAUGUUCGACACUUGCUGGACCUUCUCUUGCACCAGCUGGUCAUCCCUCGAGAGCUACGGAGACCAGACAGUUUGUGCGUUCGUGUGCAGUAUGCCAGCGGCGCAAGGGACCAAGCACCUAUGGCGAACGCUCCAGAUGUUCAUGUGCCACUUGAAAGAAUAAGUGCCGACCUCAUAGAUCUCCACAGCUCCACCAGUGGAAAUCAGUAUGUACUUUCGAUCGUCGAUCACCUGACUCGUUACCUUCAGCUCAUCCCUCUGCCUUGCAAGAGUGCAGAAACUGUGGCUGAGGCUUUCAUUAAUAACUUCGUGACUAUCUUUGGUCCACAACGUGUUAUACAGACAGAUAAUGGUAGUGAAUUUUGCAACCGUCUAUUUAAACAGAGUGGUAAAAGGCGCGCUGGCAACUCUGACGGAGAGCAUCAGAGAACAGCCGAUCUACCUCAUGACUGGUCAUCACGGCACUUCCCCCUCGGGCCCACCAACGACGUCACGAUUGCAGCAGAUUCGGCGAAGAGGUUUCAGGAACGUCUUCAGGUGGCGAGUUCAGUGGCAGUGAAAACUUCGCGUCGUGCACGAGAAAGUUGGGCUCGCAUCUACAACAAACGCGUCCGCAAGCACUUCCAGCCUAAUGUGGGGGUCCUUGUCUGGGUGAAGGUACACCCAGGGCACCGUCGUGGUCCAGGUCGCGCCCUUGCUGACCGAUGGCGCGGUCCCGCUUUGAGACGUGUUGUCAUAAUGGGUUUUCUUUACCACAUACCACGGGAAAUUUAUGACUACUACAUCCAGAUAUUAAUUAAGAGCCUUGUUUUCCAUGCUUUAUAG